ACCACACACACUGCACGCACGUUGGGGAAUGUGUGUGCCGUGCAUAGGUGCCGUAUGUUUGAGCAGCGCAGUGCACAUGCACGCACGAUCUUUACGACGUUAACACAUUGGCAAUGCGUAUGCACUGAUAAUAUUGGAUGGCUUCAGAAUAGAGUCGAGGUUUUGUCAAAACAAAAGUUGGUAAUUUGAUUAUUUGUGUCAGUGGAUGGUGAUUUCAAAGAUGGAGAACAACUGUGGUAGAUGCUGUGAGAAGGCAUCCGAAGUGGAAUGUGCAGACUGUGGAAAGCAUGGACAUGGUGGAAAAAGUGAUGCUGCUGCAGCAGGUGCUAUUCCUCUUUGUUUGGAGUGUUCCAAUCUUCUUCAUGUUGGUUUCAUGAAAGACCAUAAACUUGAAACUAUUGAGGUCAAGGCGAAAAGAGAGGACUUCAAGGACUACAUGAAAAACUACAAAAAGAAGGAACAGGUGUUGAAGAGAAGUCUUGUUGAGAUCAAGCAUGCAUACCAAAACAUCACAAGCAGGGGUGAAAACAAUAAGUACACUGUACAACAAGCUUUGGUGGCUAUUAAUCAUGCUCUGAAGAAGAAAGAGGAAGCACUGAUGUCAUGUAUGAAUCAAAGUAUUAGCGCCCUCAAAGCUCAGCUUGCAACAAGUGAAAAGGAUCUGGAACAACGUUUGAAGAAACUGCAAAGUUGCCAUGAGAAGGCUGAAAAAGUUGUAUCUUCUGAAGCAGAAAAAUUCAUGAGUGAGCAUUCUGAGGUAGCAGAAGAGAUUGAGAAACUGCUGGAUGAGAAGACACCAGGAGACAUUCCAUCUUUGAACCCAUCUAUCUCAGUUGAUGCCCUUGAUGUUAGCAAGGUCUUAGAAAGUCUUGAGAGCUUUGGUGCUGAAUGGCUGACUAAUCAGAAGACUGAUGAAAGAACUCCACUAGCUGAUAGUGUCAAGGAAAUCAAAGAAGGAGACAAGCUGAAGGGAUACGUUGAAAGUCGGAUGGAUGCUAGGGGUUGUUUCUGGGUGUGUCAGGACAUGGUUGAAGGAAUCACAAACCUCUUGGAUGAUCUUAGCUUUGAGAUCAGGAAGGAUAUUAUAACUCAUGGUUGGGAGGAUCUAACUGUUCAAGAAGGCUCCCUCUGUGUUGCUCAGUAUUAUCAGGAUAAUAGAUGGUACAGAGCAAGAGUGGAGAAACUCAAAGAGCACACAGCAGAGGUACGAUGGUUAGAUUAUGCACACGCUGAUGAGGUUCAGUUGAGUCAUAUUCAGCCGUUAAGAGAACGCUUCAUGGACAUUCCAUUCCAGGGCUUGGAGUGUUCACUCUUUGCUGAUAUGUCAGAGGAGAUGCCUCGUCAAGCUCGUUGGGAGUUCUCUGAUCUUGUCUCUAAUAUGAUCUUGGAUUGCAUUGUCAUCAGGAAGUUAUCUUCAGCCAAUCAAGGGAAAGUUCCUCUGUAUCUCAUCAGAUUGGAUCAAACUGAGGGAGAGAAACAAGAUAUCGCAGAAUGUGUCUGGAACAAAGCCCAAGAUUCAAGAAGUAGUAAGGGACCAAUUGCAUACCGGGACAUCCGUCUACUCAACAAAGAAGCCAAGGAUAUACAGGUUGUCAAGGAAGUGGUCAAUUCAAGCAAGAAAACAUCUGAUGAUGCAGCCAAGACGACAUCCGAGGAGAUAGAGGGUGACAAGGAUGAGGAGGGACAGAAAGAAGAUGGUGAGAAGGAGCAAGAUGAUAAGGAGAAGAAUGAACAACUAAAAGAAGAAGAAAAGAAAGAAGAAAAACCUCUUGAAUCUGAAUAUGGACCUCCCAUGAAUGAUGAGAAGAAAGAAGAAUUGAAAGAAGAAGAAAAGAAAGCAGAUGAAAGGGAAGAUGAAAAACCUCUUGAAAUUGAAGGGGAACCUCCAAAGGUGGGGAAGAAAGAGGAAGAAGGGCAAUCAAAGAUAGAAGAGAUUGACAAGAAUAAGAAAGAAGAAAACACAAGUGAAGAGUCACUAAGAGCAGAAGAAAAGGAGUCAAAGCCAGAAGAAGAAGACGUGAAGCUGUUGAAUGGAGGUGAUGGAGAGACUGAAGGUGUGAAAGAUGAAGGAUUGAAGGAUGAAGAAGUGAAAGAAGAAGGGAAAGAUGGAGAAGAAGACCUGAGUCUAGCUCAGAAGCUUGAGAAACAAGGAGAUACUGCCCCGGCUGAUGGAGUUCCUACUGGUACACAUAUGUCCCCGAUGGCAUUCAUCGCAGCCCAUGGGAGCUAUACUGCUAUCAAUGGAAUCAGUAGUAAUGAGAAUACUAGUAACACCAUGCCACCGUUUGUUGGACCUCAACCUCAACUAGACACUGGAUGGUAUCAACACUAUGCAAGCCAUUAUGCUGUUACCAGUAUGGGGCUUCCAGCAGUGGUAUCAGCUUCUAAUGGAGAUGCCUAUGGCAUGGUACCAGGGUCUCAUCUUGGUGUUCACGUUGCCACUCCUCUGACAGCGGAUGGAACAUUCUGGGCAGCUAAGGUCAGAGGUCAUGAGCAAGAGAUAAGAUUCAGGAGGCUUAUGCAUGAGAUCAGUGCUCCAAGUGAUCCAUUGCCCAAAGAUCAGCUUCAUAGAGGCAAGAUGGUCUGCGCCUUUCAACAUGAUAUGGGACAUUGGUGCAGGGCUAAGGUGGAAGAAAUCGCUCAAGACACGGUUCAUGUUCGAUUGAUAGACUUUGGAUCUGUAGCUUCAUUGGAUUGUAAGCAGCUCAAAGCUUUGGAUGUAAGACAUGGUGUCUUCCCAUUCCAGGCAUUUGAGUGCAGUUUAGCAAAGAAGGACCUGACAAGUUUCUCAGAGAGUUCCAGGCAGCUGUUCCAUCAUCUCACUGCUGUUAAAUUAAUCACUGCCAAGGUGGAUGCCGUCUCAGACUUUGUUGUGUAUGUGUCUCUCUUCUUGACUGCUGAGGGAGGAGAAGUGGUAGAUGUGGUGGCAGAACUCGCCAAAAAUGAAUCUUCCAGAGAAACUCAAGGGAAAGAAGAAAUUGCACCUUCACAACAAAAAGGGAGCAUGACAAAUGGCCAGCCCAAAUCCACAUCGAAAGUAAGCUUCUCGCCAUUCCUGAAAGAAACAUAUAGGAAGUCACCCCCUUUUGUGGCUGAUGUUGAAAGAGAUUUUGCCAACUUAAUAAACAGCGUGAAUAAAGAGUCACAACAUCCAACCCAGAACUAUACAUUCCCUCCUAUGCCCAGAGACCAACGUGCAUUUGUUCAUGAGCUAGCUGAUUUAUACUGCCUACCAUCAGAUAGUGCAGGACAGGAUGCUGCAAGGCAUGUUGUCAUCACUGCUACAAGGGGAAAGAGUUUUGUUCCAUCUCCUACUCUGUCAGAGGUGUGUCAGAAUGAACCAGUAAACCCACCAGGGGCUUAUGUAGAAGAACAACAAAGUGAGAGAGACCAUGGGAGGUACAUGGGAGGUAAUGUACGCGGUGAUGAAGGUAGACAAGGAUGCUUCGUCUGUGGUGAUAUAGGACACCGGAAAACAAACUGCCCUAGGAAUAGGAACCGGGAGAGAAGUAAGAAUGCAUCAUGGUGGGGAGGAGAUAGUGGAAGGAAGGGUCGCAAAGGAGGCGGCGGAGGCAGGAGAAACUGAUCAUUUGAUAUCAUUGGAGAGAAAUAGACUAAGAACGAAGAAGAGAAGACCUUCAUUCAUGAUCUAAGGAGCCAAUUAAGAUAUGUUUCUUGCAAUCUUCAUAGUGCAUUGAGACGUGCAGCUGGUGUUAAAAAAUAUGUUUCUGUUCGUUGAAAACAUCAAUCGGUUGGACAGUCCAAGUUUUUGUGCUUGAAGUGUAUGCAUUAAUUCAUCUUGUACUAAUGCAAACACCAAGUUAUUAGCACCAAACUGUGUUGCUAUAUAUUAGUGUUUUUUUCUGAAGAUUGGCCUGGCAAUUGGACUUUGUGGUCUGUUAAGGGCAUUGAAGUCAAACGAAAUGGAAGGGAUUCCAUUGGCUAUUACAUCCUGAAACGAUAACGGUUGUUUCUUAUGUUAUUUUAGUUUUUGAACAGUUUAAGAAUUAAGUUGCCAUCAGAGGAAAAUGGUAGAUCAAUUGCUGUUUUUGUUACUGAUCAAGACAAAGUAUUCUCUAUUUGAUUAUUAUUAUUUUCAUUAUUAUCAUUAUUUUUGUUUUUGUUAUUUAUAUUAUCAUUAUUAUAGUUCUUUAAUUCCAGCAUUUGUGGUAAGGAAAGGAAAAGAACAGCAAAAGUGAAAUGCAGUAUCACUUGACUUAAUUUUGAUCAAUAAAUGUAAUUUUUGAGAUCUUAAAGCUCCCAAUCUUUUUAUAUAUCCCCCGCAAGUGUCUGUUUUUUUCCAUGUGAUUACUCCAUAGUACAAACUUGUCUGUCCUAAAACCUUUAUGGUGUUGAUAAUAAUAGAAAUGCUUUAUUUGAUGUAUUUUAUGAUCUUAUAACCACAUUCUUUUUUAAUUGGAUGCCUGAUCAAAAUAAAAUAUCAACAUAUCUUAUCUUUUUGAUGUAAAGUAACUUUUCAAUUAAGGAAUGGGCUGAAAUUUUCAGGAUAUGAUCAUUGUAUGCAGCUUUCAUGUAUGUCAUCAGUGAAUUCUUAAUUAGGUGUUCGAAGGGUCCUCCCCCCCCCAAAAAAAAAAAAGGACUGAAAGAAUGUGCUUGAUAUAAUAAAAUUAAAGAUUCAAAUUUUCACAAUCAAUGGCUGAAAAAUAUAAAUGACACUAUACUUUUAUGCAAUGUAAAUUUUACAUGACAAUUUAGAAUUUUCCAUUAAUUACCCUUGGUACUGAAAUUUCAUUUUGGAAAGAAAAUGGAGUGACAUGCAGUUAGGUUGAGGUGCAAAAACAAAUUUGCAUGAUUUUUUUGUACUUUAUUUUUUUCAUUUUGUACAGGGUCUUAAUAUUCUUUAAAUAUGCAGAAAUGGAAUCCAAUUUAAAUUGUCACUUCUUAUUUUUUAUUCUCCAUGAUGCAGUCAUCUUGGAUGCUCAUAAAUCCAGUCCUACUCAACCAGCGGGUGUGUCACAAAGAUUUAAGUAUGACUUAGAGUUGAACUUAAAUGUCAGUGUGUCCAUGAUAUGCAACACGCAAUCUUAUUGAUCAAUGCGCAGUAGUGUGCGUCCUCUUCGCAUGAUCUUACCAAUGUGGCAUGCCUUUCAUACCGCACGCAACAAGACAUUUAAGUGCGACUCUGAAGUCAUACUUAAAUCUUGGUGAAACACCCCCUGGGGGUUAUUUCAUAGGGCUGUGACAUCACCAUUGAUCCUUUCUUUUGCUAAAUCUUACACCACUAUGGAGCUGACUUGCACCUAAAACAUUGUUUCAGUAGUCGAUCAGCUUUGUGAGACAUUCCACUGUUAUUCUAGUAAUUGACAUCACAAAGUGUGACCAUCAGUGUUUCUAACCCCCUUUCCAGGGGGGUGUUUCACAAAGAUUUAUGUAUGACUUAGAGUCGCACUUAAAUGCCUAGUUGCGUGCGGUAUUAAAGGCAUGAUCGCAUUCUUCAGAUCAUGCCAAGAGGACACGCACUAUUGCCCAUUGAUCAAUAAGAUUGCUCGUUGCGUAUCAUGUACGCAUUUAAGUGCGACUCUAAGUCAUACUUAAAUCUUUGUGAACACCCCCCAGAUGUUAUUGCCACUUGCCAGCCGUGACAUAUCAUCUUCUUAAUAGAAUAACGUCUGGAUGUUAGUAUAUUAUGAGUGGCAAUCAAUCAAUUAAUCACCCCUUCAAACCGUGUUUGUCAUACGGAUAACAAGCGGUGAUAUCGCUCAAUAAAGUUUGAUUAAUCACUGAGAUUAGACUGUGCGUUAUGCCUCUCAAUGCACAUCAAUUUGUUAUUUGCAUUGUAGCAUACGUCACAACAUGCAAGUAUUAUAUGAUAUGUCGCAAUACUGUCUAUGAGGAUCAUAAAAUAUGGUGAUAACAUCUGAAUUACAUGUUUUUAAUUUCCUGUUGCUAUCUAUCCCAAGUAACAAUGUGUAAAUGACAGGGUAGUGAUCCUCACUGGCUACCAAUACCGCUAUCUAACAUGAGUGGUGAUAAGGUCUGAUAAGACCAAAAGUCAUCUAUGUGUCUCCUUUUACCUUAUAGUCUUGCCAUUCUAGUAACAUUACCUCGUAUUUCUUGUUUAUAUUUGCCUGCACAAAUAUAUCUUUUUCAUUUCUUUUGGUUUGUGAUUAUAUAUCUACACCAGUUUACAAAUGUCACAUCGUAUUUUUCCCUCGCCGUAAUCUCAAGUAUUUUCUUUAUUGAUUGAGUGAGAUUGGGUUUUCACAAGUUUUUAAAGAUUGCUUUGGAAUUUCUAUGGCAACCAUGAUAUACAUGGUUUCAUACUUACAUAGUUGCAUAUAUAGUCCAUCCAUAACAACUUUGUGGAAAAGUUACAGUUAGUUGAACCAUUGUUUAGACCAUAUCCCCUUUAACAUAGAGAGAUACGAUCAAUAGUUAAAAUAAAUUAUAUUUGUACAUGGUUGGCCAUAAACUGUUAAUUACAAUUGCCUGUAUUGUGUUUGUCACAGGGUUCAGAUUGUGCAAAAUGCAUUUUUUUGGUCCAAUUUCUUGUUAAGGCAAAUUCACCUUCACCCCUAGUGGUGCUAUGAUGGAUCUGAUAUUCAGGGAUGUAGUCAGGCCGGCCUGACCAGAAUUUGCAGGCCUCGGCCUCGGCCUUGGCUCAAGUCACAUGUACAAAGUCCAUUGGAGAAGGGUUUUUUUCUGGUGGCCUUGUGACUCGGAAAUUCCGAACUCAACUAUGUCCCUGAUUUCUCACUAUCUCUUCAGGCUCAAAAGCAUCCCUCUCUUUUUAUCGCACUUCAAUUUCUUUGUUCAUGCUAGAUUCACUAGGCCUUUUGCUAUGUGUAAUGUGACCCAUGAUAACAUUGUUUAUAUUUUGCAUAUGAAGAAGGCCUAGAAAAAUCCUGAAACACCUAGAAAGAGACAAAUAGAGAGAAUGACACAUGAACCUCAAUCCAAUUUAUUGCUUCUAUUUACUCGCGUUUUGAGGGAUUGUUUUGUAUGCAGAUGAUCUUUGGAUAAGAAAAUAAAAUCCUGAUCAAUACCACUCAAAUUAAAAAGAAAAGAACAUGGAAGUGCAGGAUAGGCUAAAAAAAUUGGCCGCAUGUAAGUUUAAAAUUCAGUUGGGUAUUGUGUAAUCCUUGGUGAAAAAUAAGUACUUUUAAAUAUUGGAAGUUGGUCAGAUGUUGUGAUCUUUUUUAAAGAGUUCUAAUGAAGUUUCAUUGUGUGUACUUCAAAGAUUAGGUUUUUGCAUGGACAGAAGUGAUGUAUUUUAAUGCAAAGAAUAGUUAACGUCAGAUUUUCUUGUCUUUAAAUUUUUUUUUGGAAAAGGCGUAAUCUGAAUUAAGUUUAUUCUUUCAGUUAUUGAAAUCAAUUUUUGAAAAUGUUGAAUUGGACAGCAAAUCAUUUUCUUAACUCCAUUUUCACUCCAGCUUUAAUGGUCUAUAUUCGUGAAUUAAUUUACCAAAGAUACGUGCGAGAGAACACAGAUGUGUUUAGGAUUACAGUAUGCACAGGCGAAAACAUUGCUUUUACAAUGUAUAUCAUCUGAUCUAUAUAUUUUUUGUAAUGUGUAAUAUCAGCACCUCUUUAUUAAGCGUCACACUUCCAGUCGUUGAUUGUUUCAUAUUAUGUGCACAAAAAUGAGGUGGGCGUUUUCAUUUGGUCAAAGUGAAAUGUAGAAUCUGUUAAUAUGUUCGACACAUGUAUAAACAAACAUGAAUGGAAUAUUUCAGUUACAAUUGAGAAUAAGAUGAAUACAAGAACAAGCCAGUGACAUGGUAGUCUAUUUUUGGUGAAUCAUGAAAAGGAAAGUGACUUUUAUGUUUCCCCAUUGAAGAUUUUGGUAAGUGUUUCAUUCAUUUCAGGCUGAGGGGGUCUGGUUGAAAUAUAAGCACUAGAUGCUCUCCUGUGUAAUCAACAACUUCCCAUGGUUAACUUAAUAGCUGUACGCAGAAUUUUUUUGGGGGGGUAGGAGAGUAAGCGUUUUUGAAAAAACUUGAAAGAGAGGGAGCUUGUCAUUUGGAUGCAUUUGCAUUUUGUUAAGUGAAAAAAUUGAAGGAUUUUGUGUAAACUAUUGGUGAACUUGAUUUGGCCAAGAAGAUAUCUUAGGUCUUUCAUAAUAGACCCCUAAUUAGGUCACCAAAGUUAAAGGGAUCAAGGGAUCAUGUCAAAUGUGAAAGGUGAUGACACAUGACUCCUAGAGACCUUUCAAACUAUUAUUUGAAUACCUUUUUGCUGAAAGAACUUUCGUUUGCUAAGAAAACUUUUGACACAUUUUAGUAUUAAAUUGCUUUGAAAAAAACCCCAGAAAGUUCUAGAAGAGUGCGAUGAAGCAUGGACCCAUUACAAAGUAGCAGUAGGUCCAUGGAUGAAGUGAGUAAAUAAUUUAUGUACAUUUCUGAUGAGCUAUAUAUGAUUUCCUUUCCAAACUGAACAAAUUUGUUGUAAUAGAAAGAAUAAUCAGAGAAAGCAGAGUUUUAAGGAUAAAUAUAACAUCUGGUUUGACAUUUUGUCACCAAAAAUAUGGGAAAUUCUAAUAAAACUGUAUGAAAGAAUUAGUGUAUGUUGAUAUCAUGUAAUCACCGGAAUGAUUGAGAUAUUGUCUGUUUGGCUGCAAAUUCAAAAUGCAUGCUAAGGACUACACACAAAUUUUCAACCUGAACUUUUCAGCUCUUUGUCUUUGAAUAUUAGGUCAUCUGGAGAAUAGUCCUUUGCAUGGGUCCCUUUUUUUUUAACCAUAAAUGAUGUUUAAUAAAUAACUGGAAAACAUUUUUCACUUUUCCAACAAUGAGAGGUUGGGUUGGUUUAAUUGUUUAAUUUAUUUUUUUUGGUCAAUUUUUUUAUAACAAGUUUUUUGUUUGUUUAUUUAUGUUUAUCUGAGAAGAGGGGGUGAAUUGUCUUUGCUUUACAGAGAGAGAGAGAAUUUUUUUUUUAGACGAUAGCCGAGUCCCUUGAAAGGUAGUUAUACCUGCAUGGUGUACAUGUAUGUGAUGCUAAGACAUAUAUAAUGGAUUUCAUUAGCACGAUGUGGAAGAAAAAAUAAAAGGGAUGAAAGAAAUUUCAAGCACAGACUAUUCAUGUUAUGUACUUCAUACAAUAACCUUACAUUGGAUAAUGUGUAUUCAUGUUUUGUGCUACUGUUGGUUGUUCACUUUGUGUAUGUUUUAUGACAUUUAUGUUGUGAACUACCAAUCUCUAAAUGCAUUGUUAGUUUGUAAUAAAUCAAGUCAAGAAGUUAAAUAAGUCA